AUUCAAGUUCUUCCAGAAGUUCGUUGUAGAGUCGUACUCAGGCAGCAGCGAUUCUUGCUUAGCGUUGCUGAAGCCUCUGUACAACGACAUGGACGACGACCUUUGCUGAAUUGGUCGCAUCUAGGGCAACAGCUUGACCAGAUCAGGCAAGUGUGAUGAACCCUUAUUGCCAUGUCAUUGCCCAGCAGCAGGGCUUCUCGAAGCUGUCUCUCGUAGAUUUAAUGUAUCUAGCAGGAGAGUCUAAAAGGCGGCCCGCUGCAUGGGGCCCUGAAGAUCAUAGAUUGAUCUUGGGGCCGCCGACCCGAUUAGGUUGGAUCCAGAAACCAGGACCACCACUGGCCCACCACUGGUCCACUGCCCACCAGCCUGCACGGUGCACCAGACAGACCUUGGUGAAAGUUCGGCUAAUUCUCUGGGCAGAUGAGACACCACGCCGCCUACGGUUAUUCCAUGGCCACGAUGUGCACUCAUAGAAGCCCAGGCGGUUCAGGCGCAUUUGGACUGCUGUAACUUGUAAGCUCAAAUAAAACGCUCUUAUCACUGCAAGGACUCGCCAUUAUCUGGACUAGUGCUAGACUUUGC